AUGAUUAAGGUUGAAAAACACCUCCAUAGACAAGUAAGGAAUGAACUCACCAAUCAGAGACAAGUAAGGAGUGAACUCACCAAUCAGAGACAAACAAGGAGUAAACUCACCAAUCAGAGACAAGUAAGGUGUGAAUUCGCCAAUCAGAGACAAAUAAGGAGUGACCUCACCAAUCAGAGACAAGUAAGGAGUGACCUCACCAAUCAGAGACAAGUAAGGAGUGACCUCACCAAUCAGCGACAAGUAAGGAGUGAACUCACCAAUCAGAGACAAGUAAGGAGUGACCUCACCAAUCAGAGACAAGUAAGGAGUGACCUCACCAAUCAGAGACAAGUAAGGAGUGAACUCACCAAUCAGAGACAAGUAAGGAGUGACCUCACCAAUCAGAGACAAGUAAGGAGUGACCUCACCAAUCAGAGACAAGUAAGGAGUGACCUCACCAAUCAGAGACAAGUAAGGAGUGAACUCACCAAUCAGAGACAAGUAAGGAGUGACCUCACCAAUCAGAGACAAGUAAGGAGUGACCUCACCAAUCAGAGACAAGUAAGGAGUGACCUCACCAAUCAGAGACAAGUAAGGAGUGAACUCACCAAUCAGCGACAAGUAAGGAGUGAACUCACCAAUCAGAGACAAGUAAGGAGUGACCUCACCAAUCAGAGACAAGUAAGGAGUGACCUCACCAAUCAGAGACAAAUAAGGAGUGAACUCGCCAAUCAAAGACAAGUAAGGAGUGAACUCACCAAUCAGAGACAAGUAAGGAAUGAACUCGCCAAUCAGAGACAAGAAAGGAGUGAACUCGCCAAUCAGAGACAAGUAAGGAGUGAACUCACCAAUCAGAGACAAGAAAGGAGUGAACUCACCAAUCAGCGACAAGUAAGGAGUGAACUAACCAAUCAGAGACAAGUAAGGUGUGAACUCACCAAUCAGAGACAAGUAAGGUGUGAAUUCGCCAAUCAGAGACAAGAAAGGAGUGAACUCACCAAUCAGCGACAAGUUUGUAUAGAACUUAUAUCAUCUUCACCAAAGUCAGACAGCUUCGCAUCAUGCAGUUGA